AACUCACAAACAAACCCUUUGCUUCCAUGAACCUUAUCUUUCCAUCUUACUUAAACGCUUGGUAUCUCUCUUACAAAUUCCAGUAAUCCAAUCCAAACUUUGUGUGCCACUCAAAAUUCAUUCCAUAUCCUAAAACCCUAAUUCUCUCUAUCUCCCUUUCCUCUCUUUCAACCAUGGACGCCUUGCUUUCUGCCCCGGAAAUCACUUCUCAGUCGCUCUCUACCUCUCCAGGUUCUUCUUCCUCUUCUUCUUCUUUAACUUCGAAUGAUGAUUCUGAGUUUGUAACUAGUUCAGUAAGUGAACGUACUUUGGAAGAUAAUGGGAAUGGUAAAACUAAUGAUAGUAACGAGAAUGGUGAGGGGAAGUUUGAAACAGUACCCGAGAGGCCAUUUAUGGCUGACCCUGAUGAAGUAAUUCCGACCGCGAGGGAUGUUAGUGAUGCCCCUUUUGUUGGUUCUGAUGGUUCGAAUGUGAUUUUGAAUGAGGACUCGUUUGGGGGUGGUGAUAAUGGUUUAGAGGAAUUUAGAGGUGAGGGUUCGAUGGGGAAGGUUGAUGUUGAUAGUGUUGGUAAUGGGGAAAAGGACGAUAAGGUGGAAAUGGGUUCCAUUGGUGAAGUCGACCAAUCUGUUUUAUCAAUGGAAAGUGGAGAGGAAGGUAGAAUUGGGAUUUUUGAGAAUGAUUUGGUGUUAGAUGGUGGAGCUAAGGGUGUCAAUCCUAUGAUUGUAGAAACAGUAGAUCAUCAGGUAGUUGAAGUCGAUGGUUCGAAAUUUUCUGGCGAAGAGGAGUUGGCUGUCUAUGCGAAACCCUUGACUGGAGCUGCUUUAGGCAUUGAGACAUCGGUGAUGAAGGAGACAGAGGUGGUUCCAGUUGAUGAUAAUGCGAGCAUGGAUAACGGCUUGAAUCAUGCUGAUGGUUCGAAGUUUUCCGGCGGAGAGGAGUUGGCUGUUGAUGCUGAGAAUAAAGCUGAUAUUGCCAGUGGGGUUAUGCUUGGUAAAGACAAUUCUGGGACUGAGCUAAAUGAUCUCAAAGAUGAGGAGGUCAUAGAUAUUUUGGAACAAGCAUUUUCUGAGAAAGUAGAUGGAGGGGGUGGAGAUGGAAUUCAGGCAAAGGAUAGUUCUGCUCAACCUACAGAAAUAAUGGCAGCUCAUGAAACAGAGAAUUUAGAUAGUGAUUCUCAAAGCAAAAGGUCAGUAACCCUGCCAGGAGAAGAAUCUCAUUUGCCUGAGUCUGUGGAGCAAACUACAGUGGCUGGAAAAGUUAGUUUUGAAGGUGAAAUGGAAGAGAAGCAGCAUCAGAAUGAAGGCUCAGAGACUGAUGGAGAGGCUGAAAGUAUGUUCUUUAAGAAUGCUGAAGCUGCUAAGCAAUUCUUGGAGGAGCUAAAACGAGGAUCUGCCAUUGGUUCUCACUCGGGUGCUGAUACUUCUCAUAAUCAUAUACAGACAAAUGCUGUUGAUUCAGAUGAAGAAGGGGAUACAGAUGAAGAAGGAGAGGGGAAGGAGUUAUUUGAUUCUGCUGCUUUGGCAGCCCUCUUGAAAGCAGCAACUGAUGCUGGCUCUGAUGGCGGCAACAUUACUAUAACCUCUCAAGAUGGAUCUAGGCUUUUCACUGUUGAACGUCCUGCGGGCUUAGGAUCCUCACUGCAAAAUGCAACAUCCGCACCUCGAUCAAACAGGCCUAACAUAUUUAGUCCUGCUGUAACAAGUAGGGGAGACUCUGACAACAACUUGACUGAAGAAGAUAAAAUAAAAUUGGAAAAAUUACAGCUUAUAAGAGUCAAAUUUUUGAGGAUUCUUCAAAGGCUCGGGCUUUCUACUGAAGAUUCUUUAGCAGCACAGGUUCUUUAUAGACUGGCACAUGUUGCAAGGAGACAAACCAGUGAACUGUUUAGUGUUGAUUCUGCAAAGAGGAAAGCUCUGGAACUUGAAACAGAGGGUAAAGAUGAUUUAAGCUUCUCCAUAAACAUGCUUGUGCUUGGGAAGAUUGGGGUGGGCAAGAGUGCCACAAUAAAUUCAAUCUUUGGUGAGUCGAAGACCUCAAUUCAUGCAUUUGAACCUGCCACUACAGUAGUGAAAGAGAUUACUGGAAUGGUAGAUGGUGUUAAACUGAGGAUCAUUGAUACCCCAGGUUUGAAAUCUUCUGCCAUGGAGCAAGGUGCCAAUCACAAGGUCCUAGCUUCUAUAAAGCAAUACAUAAAGAAGUGUCCCCCUGAUGUUGUAGUCUAUGUUGAUCGGUUGGACAGCCAGACCCGGGAUCUUAAUGAUCUGCCAUUGUUAAGAUCAAUCACUAAUUCUCUUGGCUCCUCUAUCUGGAAAAAUGCCAUAGUUGCUUUGACUCAUGCUGCUUCUGCACCCCCUGAUGGACCAUCUGGCUCACCUUUGAGUUAUGAGGUGUUUGUUGCCCAACGUUCUCAUGUUGCUCAGCAGUCUAUUGGUCAGGCUGUUGGUGAUCUACGUGUGAUGGAUCCAAGUUUGAGGAAUCCUGUUUGUCUUGUUGAAAAUCAUCCUUCAUGCCGAAAGAAUAGAGAUGGUCAGAAGGUGCUUCCUAACGGUCAAACUUGGAGGCCUCAGCUACUGUUAUUAUGCUACUCUAUCAAAGUCUUAUCUGAAGCAAGUUCUCUCUCCAAACCUCAAGAUCCAUUUGACCAUCGGAAGCUCUUUGGUUUUCGUGUCCGAUCCCCUCCUCUUCCAUAUUUGUUAUCAUGGCUGUUGCAGUCUCGUAGCCAUCCUAAACUCUCUUCUGAUCAGGGUGGUGAGAAUGGUGACUCAGAUAUUGAUGUGGAUGAUUUAUCUGAUUCAGAGCAAGAAGAAGACGAGGAUGAGUAUGAUAAGCUCCCACCAUUCAAAGCUCUAAGGAAAGCACAACUUGCUAAACUUGACAAGGAGCAAAGGAAGGCAUAUUUUGAGGAGUAUGAUUAUCGGGUGAAGCUCCUCCAGAAAAAGCAGUGGAGGGAGGAGUUGAGAAGAAUGAGAGAGCUGAAGAAAAGAAAGCCAGCCGUUGAUGAAUAUGGUAACACAGGGGAAGAUGUUGAUCAGGAAACUGGUGGUCCAGCCGCUGUACCAGUUCCAUUACCUGAUAUGGUCUUGCCACCUUCCUUUGAUGCUGAUAAUCCAGCAUACAGGUACCGAUUUUUGGAACCAACUUCUCAGUUCUUGGCGAGGCCAGUAUUGGACACUCACGGUUGGGACCAUGAUUGUGGCUAUGAUGGUGUUAAUGUUGAACAUAGUCUAGCAAUCGCCAACCAGUUUCCUGCUACAGUUUCCGUUCAACUCACCAAGGAUAAGAAAGAGUUUAACAUCCAUUUGGACUCUUCAGUUUCUACCAAGCAUGGUGAAAAUGGAUCAACCAUGGCUGGUUUUGACAUCCAAAAUGUUGGAAAGCAGUUAGCUUACAUUUUCAGAGGGGAGACCAAAUUCAAAAAUCUCAAAAAGAACAAAACAGCUGCUGGCUUCUCUGUUACAUUUCUAGGUGAGAAUGUUGCAACUGGACUCAAACUUGAGGAUCAUAUUGUUGUUGGAAAGCGACUGGUUUUAGUUGGUAGCACUGGGACUGUUAGAUCUAAAGGUGAUUCAGCAUAUGGAGCCAAUCUAGAAAUGCGGCUCCGAGGUGCAGAUUUUCCAAUCGACCAGGAUCAAUCCACUUUGGGUUUGUCUCUAGUCAAAUGGAGAGGGGACUUGGCACUGGGAGCCAAUUUUCAGACUCAGUUAUCUGUUGGAAGGAGUUCAAAAGUAGCAGUUCGUGCAGGACUGAACAACAAGAUGAGUGGACAGAUAACUGUUCGAACAAGCAGCUCGGAUCAACUCCAGAUUGCACUCACUGGUCUCCUUCCUGUUGUCAUGGCAAUUUACAAAAGCAUCAAGCCCAGGGUUAGUGACAACUACUCAAUGUAUUAGUUUAUUAGCUACAUUCCUUGAUUAAUAUGUUGUAGGCUAUUUUUGUGCGUGAAGUACUGCUUUGAUGAGGUAUCCAUUUUUAUUUCCUAAUAAAUGUUACUAAGCAUGGUAACUUUUUGCUUGUUUGUUUA